AUGGAAGCAGGCUCCCUACCGACACUCUUGCACCCCGAUGCGCUGCAGCCCAUCUUGCCGAGUGGCCCGAUCGUCAUAUGUGUAGCGUCGUAUGACAGUGACUGGUCAUACGGCUGGUCAUAUCAAGGCGAUGAGGCCCUCAAUACGCCCAACGUACUCUCAAUCCCCACAUUUAUUUGGAACCAGGCCAUGCCUGUAUCCGAAUAA